AUGACUUCCAUCCUCUGGGAUGUGCGCACCAUCUUAAACUCCUCGUCCCAGGUCACACUUCCUCCAGGCAGCCUCACCGAUGCGGAUAAGCCACCGCCAAGGCUCGGCCCGCUCCAUGUCUGGCAUUAUCUCAUUAGCUUGAGCGAGGAUGACGACAUCAUCUCGGAUCUUCCUGACAAGGCCGGCAAGAAGCUCAAGCACUUCAAGCCGACCGACUUUGGACGCUCGUGGAAUGCCGUGCCCACCGAGCUCGGCUCGGGCACGUCAUACAGCGUCGAGAAAUACACCCUUGCCGCGAAACACGGGUCCGGCGACGAGCCCGGGUCCGACGAGCCAGACAAGCCCGCUGCCGUCGCCGUCAAGAGGCUCAAUAUCUUCAGGGAUGGCGCCGCUUCCUCACAACGGAAUUCCGCGGCGCUGCAGGUCUCCGUCGCCACCGUGUUAAAAGAGCUCCGCAUCCUCACCCACCGGCCCCUCCGGCGCCAUCCGAACCUCGUCUCCCUUCUCGGUUACCGUUCCGAGUUCGGCCUGGACGAGGGUCCCACUGCCGGGCCGCCUCGUCAGAGCACCGAUGUCUCGCUGGUCAUGGAAUUUGCCCCGCACGGAACCCUCAAGGACUUCCUCGCCAGCGACAAGGGCCGCCAGCUGGACUUCCUCACCAAAGCGCACCUCAUGCACGACAUCGCGGGCGGGCUCGACGCCCUCCACCGCUGCGGAAUCGCCCACGGAGACGUCAAGCUGGAAAACACGCUCGUGUUCCACGGUGACUAUCGGAGCUUCAGGGCCAAGCUGUCCGACCUGGGCCACGCGCUGGUCGACCUCAAAAGGGCCGGCGCCAAGAACCAGCGGUAUCUCGGCACUCCGCUGCUGAACGCGCCAGAGGUGCGACCGAGGUUAGACCUCGAGGCCCCCAUAUCGAACCUGGUCGACGCAGAUGGUGCCUACAAGUGCGACGUCUACUCGUACGGCCUGCUCGUGUGGGAGAUCAUCCUUGACGGCGCACGCUUCUGCAAGACACUCGGCGACGUCAUCAGCGACGAGGACGGCGGUGACCAGAUGGUUUACAAGCUCAAUGACUUGCCCAAAGAGGAGCUUCUCCUUCGGGCUCUGACUUCACUGGAGAGCAGGCAUGACAAGGACAAUGCAGCCUUGGUCCAGAUGCUGAGGGCCCUCUUACAGGCAACCCUGAGGGACGAUCCGAAAGACAGGAAGACCUCGGAGGAGAUCAUCAAGAUUUUCCGGGGCCAAACGGCAUUUCACGAUGACGAUCUAUUUAUUAUAUUGACAAGAAGUGAGCGGACUGAUCCCUUGGUAGGAGCGAUAUGUUCUACAAGGAUAGGCCGACGCCUUACUUACUGCCUCGCACCCCCGCCACAGAUGCCGCCAAUCGUCCAAGCAGAUUUAGUCAGACUCCUCCACUCCAUUUGUAACGAGGCGACAUUGGACGCCCAGCGGCGAUCGGCCCUGUAUGAUCUGGGAAUGUGCACCAUCGCCGGGUUCGGUACCGAGGUCGCGGACUUGGACAAGGGGCUGGGGCUGCUGAUCGAAGCCGCCGAGCUCGGCAGUCCAAACGCGCUGGGACUCGUCUUCCGGCUGCACGAUGCUCUCGGUCGGGAGUUGCCCCCGUCGCUGCGGGAGAUGGCGCACCCGAUCGCCGAGAUGGAGCGAGACCUCGCACGCCUCGACAGCCAGGAUUACCUCGCCGAGCGGAUUCGACGGUUGGAGAAGCUCCACCAGCAAGACGCCUUGGGGAGUCGGUACGACAUCCUUCAUAAAGGGGAGAUAGUCAUCUCGGACGUGUCUCUCGACGAUGCCGAUUUCCACAAGACCCUCCAGGCCAAGGCUGACGAGGACAAGUAUGACCCAGAGCAGCUCCAAUGCCUCUCCCGCACCCAAAUCGCCGACAAGACCCCGAUCCAAGGUCUACUCAUCUACGUCGCCGCCCGUCUGGGCCUACUCCCCCUCAUCAAGCUGCUCUUCGGCCUCCCAGCGCCCUCGUCUGGGAAGGCGCAUUGGAAGAUCAUAUCCCGGGAACACGACGAAGACCUCCUCGCGGCAGCCUGUCACGGCGGACACCUCGACAUGCUCGAGUUCCUCGUCUCAGUAGGGGCGGAGCCCGCGUACCGACGCCUCGGCACGGCGACGCACUGGCUGGUCAUGUUCCCCGACGAGCAGGCCGCGCGGGCAAUGGAGCUCCUCCUCACGACGCGGGCCGGCAAGGCGAGCCUGCAGGUCGCGCUCCCUGCCCCGGGGGUAGACAUGCAACACUACCGCCUCCGCGGGACGCCCCUCGAGUUCGCCAUCGCCGCCAACAGCGCGCCGGUCGUGGAACUGCUCAUCGGUCAGCUUUCCGGGUUCGCCGCCAAGUUCAAGGACCCGCUGACGAGCAUCGGCUGGACGGACGUCACCUUCGGCCUGGCCGUGUCCCUCAACCUGUCGGGCCUCCUCCCGCAGCUCAUCCUCCUGGAGCUAGAUUACCGCCGCUCGCGACCCUCGUUCGCCGAAAAGGCCCGCUUCAACCGCUCCCUCGGCCACCCAGAGAUGGGUCCCUUCGGCCUAUUCGAGCUCUCGCGCCCUCCGGGCCCGAUCCUCCCGCUCCUCAUCCACGGCGGGUCCCACCGCGCCCACCUCGAGUCCUCCAUCGACCUGAUCGUCGCGUCCGGCAUCUGCGCCAUCGACGACGAGGACGCAAAGGGCUCCACGGCGCUGACGCACGCGGUGCGGUUCUCGCCCUGCGACUUCGGCGCCGCCGCCGUCGAGGCCCUGAUCUCCCGCGGCGCCCGCCUCGGCAAGGGCGAGACGCCGGCGAGGGUGGUCUUGGGCUGCAUCGCCAUGCGGCACGGGCGGUCCGGGGAGACCAUCACGCGCAUCCUCCUCGAGGCCGGUCUGUUCCCGCUGAGCACGCAGCUGCUCAUCGCGGCGGUUCAGACAGGCAAGGUAGGUCUAGUACAAACGAUCCUCUCCUUCGACGACGAGCAGACCGAAAAGCAGCUCGACGUCCGACACCCCGUCAUCGAGGACGGCGAGCCCCUCUCGCUCCUCCACCUCGCCCUGAGCGUCCCCAACAACGCCUCGACAAUCCGCCUCCUGCUCGACCGCGGCGCCGACAUCGACGCCACCUGGGAAGACAAGACGCCCCUCGAGGCCGCCAUCUCGCUACCCGCCUGCGACGCCGAGACAAUCGACCUGCUCAUCGCCCGCGGCGCGCGCCUCGUCUCCUCCGACGGCACGGGCUCCUCGAUCCUGCACCGCGCGUCAUACUCGCUGUCCCGCGUCGACGGCGCCCACGUCAUGUCGCACCUGCUCUCGCACCCGCGCGUCCGCGCCCUCGUCGACGUCGCCUGCAGCGAAAAAGACUCGGGCGGCCCGGCCGUCUCGCCGCUGUACAUGGCCUGCUUCGCCGGCAACGCGGCUGCGGCGCACGCGCUGCUGCGGGCCGGCGCCGCGACGACGCCGCCGGAUGGCAUGCCCGCCGCCGUGGACAUGGCCGUGGCGGUGGGGAGGCGCCCGCAGAUGAGUCCCGUGUGGGUGGAGCGGGGGGACCUGGGCGACGAGGAGGCGGUGGAUGGGUGGCGGAGGGGUGUUGAGGGGGUGGUUCUCGCGUUGCUGGAUAGGACGGACCCUGGGCAUGGCCGGACGAGGUUGCACGUUGCGGCUGGGCUGGGGAACCGGAGGCGGGUGGUCGAGUUGAUCGAGAGAGGGGGCAUGCGCGCAUUGACGGGCGACAGGGAGAAGCUGCUCCCCACGGCGUACGUGGAGGACUUUUAUACCCUCGAGGAGGCCGGCGCGGACCCGGCGUAUGUGGAGAAUCUGAGGCUGAUGGUGGACUAUCUCCAGCUCAGGAUGGUCGAGGAGGUCUCUCAAGGUCCGGAUAAUCCAGACACUAUUCAGGACUUCCUGGUUGACAACACGGCCGGCCCGUCGGGGUCGACACAGGAGCAGGAGGCGAUAUCCGAGCUGGAGGCAAGGAUGGAAAACAUCAAGCUCACCCGCGAGGAGAUGGAUUCGUCUCUGGGCGACGGCCGCGAAUCUCCCGCGGAGAUUGCAGCCAGACUGGAGAAGGUCCUCGAGACGCAGAAGCAGGAGUACGGGGAGGGCGACCUCAGAGUCCUCCGCACCAUGACCAGCAUCUGCGAGAUCUAUGGUAUCCUGGGGAGGAUCGACGAGGCGGAAGAGCUGCACGGUCAGGUCCUCCGGGGCCGGGAGGCUCAGCUACCCCCCGACCAUGAAGACCUCUACGAGGCCUACAUGGACCACCUGAUUAUCCUCUGCCUGCGAGACAAGUUCCAAGAGGCGCACGAGUACGGCCUCCGCCGCGCCAACGACGCCCUCAACACCUUCGGCGUCAAGCACCCCGUCACCAUCAUCGCCACCGCCAAGGUCGCCCUGACCGACCGAUUCCUCGGCAACGUGCAGGAAGCCAUCUCGAAACAAGAGCUAGCCCUACAGCUCUUUGACCAGUUCCUCCUCGAGUCCCCCUCCCGCAGUCUCAGCGACGCCCACCGCCUCUCCCACAUCAGCAUCCGCAACAGCCUAGUGCACGACUACUGCACCACCGGCGCCUACGGCCCCGCAAGCGAGCAAGCCAAGCUCCUCGCCACGCAGCUCGAGCACGCCAAGACCAAUCACUUCUUCCAGACCUUCGACCUUCUCAUCGACGGCGCGACGUCCCUCGACGCGCACGGCCGCUACGACGACUCGGAGCCCAUCCUCGUCGGGAUCGUCGGAUCGUGCGCCAAGAGGCACGGCAGGCAGAGGUCGCACUGCACGCGGACGGCGCUGCAGCGGUUGGCGGCGCACUACGGGGCCCGCGGCAUGUGGGAGGAGGAGGGGCGGACGCUGCAGGCGCUGGUGGAUGCGCUGAGGCUGACCAUGGGCGCGGGGCACGCCUCCACGCUUGCUGCUGUGCUGGGGCUGGCUGAGUGCCGGGGCAGGCAGGAGAGGUGGCUCGAGGCGGCGAUAUUGCGGGAGCAGGCGCUGGAUGGGCAGGAGCAGCUGGCCGCGGAUGGUGACGGUGAUGACGGUUCCGAGGUGCGGAAGGUGCUCGACAUCAAGAUCCUGCUGUGCGGUACAUUUAGGAGUCUGGGCGAGAUGGACAAGUCGGAGAGAUACGGCCGCGAGGCACUGCAAGGGUGCAGAGACCGGUUAGCCGAGGACGACGACGCAACUCUGAAGUCCGCAGAGGAGCUCGCCUCGACGCUGUGCUACGACGGGAAGGUGGCCGAGGCGAUUGACCUGCAGCGGUGGAUGCUGGACACACUGACAGCGUCGUAUGGCGAGAUGCAUACCAAAAUUUUCCGGGCCGCAGAGAUGCUGUGUGCCUCGCUGCUGCGGGCGGGGCGAGUCGACGAGGCCACGGUGGAAGCCGAGCGCUGCCUGCGGAUCGGCACGGAGCUCCCGGGAUCAACCAACGACAUCGUGUCGGAAUGCCUCUACAUCCUAGCCAGCUGCAAAGAGAAGGCCGGAAAGAUUGAAGAGGCGCUGCAGCUAUAUCAGAGCUCCAUCGACAAGGCCAACGCCGCACCCGGUGGAGACGAGCCAACGACAGCCCGCCGCAAGGAAACCCUCGUCAGCAUGACCUCCCUUGCAAAGCUCUACCUCGAGACAGAGCACUACCCCGAAGGCGAGCAGCUCCUCCACAAGAUCCUAGCCGACGCGCCAAAGGCCCACGGGACAGACGACAACGACGCAGUGCAGUUCGCGCACACGUACCUGGGCUACACCUGCGAGGCGACCGGCCGCGCCGACGAGGCCGUCACGCACUACGAGUCCUCAGCGGCGACCGCGCGGCGGCUGCACGGCGACUCCGCCGCGGAGACAGUCGACUGCCUGCACGACCUGGUGCGCGGCUACCUUGGCGCCGGCGACCGGGUCAGGGACGCGCACCUGCUCGCGCUGCAGGUGCUGCGGUACCGGCGCGAGCGCCUGGGCGAGUACCAUGCCGACACGGUGGACACCAAGAUCGACCUGUGCACGACGUACCGCGACCUGGGCAUGUGGCCCGAGGCGGAGCGCAUGCAGCGCGACGUGCUGCGGUACCUGCAGGCGCGGCCCCCCGACCAGCUGCCCGAGGGGGGCGCCGACGAGGUCGACGACGAGAUUUUCUGCAUGCUGUACGCCAUUGCGCAGUCGUGCAACAAGCAGGGGCGGUACAAGCAGGCCGAGGAGUUCGCGCGCGCCGCGCUGGAGAACCGCAUCCGGAGACGCGGCGGCGCCGCGCACCCGCAGACCAUAUUGGCGACCGUCGAUCUGGCGUACGUCCUCGUCGACGCGGGCAAGCUCCCCGAGGCGGAGCAGCUGAGUAGCGAAGCCUACGACGCGUCCUCCAGCCUAGAAAGCGGGCCCGAGUCCACCGACGAAGCCGUAACCGCCGCCGCAGCGGCGGCAGAGUCCCUCAGGGCGCUGGUCCUCUCGCGGCAAGACGGCCGCCUCGCCGAAGCGGAGGCCAUGCAGCGGCGCGUCCUGGCGCGCUACGACGCCGACGAUGACAACGACGACCUUGCGAGCCGUUUGACGGAGCUGCGCUUCCUUGCCGACCUGCUCGCCAAGAUGGGGCGGCUCGACGAGGCGGCGGAGGCGGCGCGCGAUGCGCUGGUUGCGGCGGAGGUUGCGGCGGGCGGGGGCGGAGACGAGGACGAGGAUAUCAUUGACGGGCUGGCGGGGCUGGCUUCGGUGUACGGGAAGAUGGGCCGUUGGGAGGAGGCGAGGGUGGUGGGGGAACGGGCGCGCGUGGCUGUCGAUGGGUGGAGGGUGCCGGGGAUAUACGGGCAUGUCAAGAGGCAUCUUGAGGUGCUGAGGGCGCUAAAGCCGGUGUAUGAGGCGCUCUCUGAGGAGGAGAAGUUGCUGGAUGUUGAGCUUGCGAUCAAGGCGCAGGAAAGGGGAAAUACGGAGCGCCGGCAGAAUCACCUCAAGUCGCUUGGGCUGGAGGACGAGCGCUUCCAGUUACAUCAUCCUGCAAAGACGGGCUGAAGGAUGUCGCCUAGGAGCUUACAAUUCUUUUGGAUUUCGUACUUUUGGCUUAAUGAUCGUUCAGACAGACAACAAGAACAGAAUCCGAUCAUUUCUUCUGACAAUUGGCCAGCUCUCUUCCUCCGGAGCUGUAGCCCGAGUGGCAGAAGCCAGCAGGUGGGAAUAUCCAAAGUCAGG